CUUGUAAUCAUGGUGAUUGAUUUGGUCUGCCUCAAAUAAGCAAAAAACUAUAGUUUCUUUUGAUAAUGUAGAAAAAUCGAUGUAUACAAGUGUUCAAAAGUGUUUUUUACCUAUCCAAACAUUAAAAUUCAGGGCAUAUAUACCCGUUAAUAAUAGUAAAUAGAGUGUUAGUAGAUGUGAUAAGGACGAUAAGAGAUUUGCUGUUGAAACGCGCUAGUUGAUUGUGAAGUGCUUAAAUUGUGUGAAACAUUAAUUUCAUAUAAUCCAAUAACUAUGUGUAAUGUACCACCUAAGUUCUUUCAAGUUUGUCGUUUAUGCCUUACUUUGGUCAAAGAGCAUGACGUUGAGGUGCUGCAAAUAUUUAAUUCAUCAUCAUCAGCAGCAGCUACAGCUACAGCGACGACGAAAACGAAUGAUUCGUUUGGCUCUGAAAAUGAAGCAAAAGAAAUCACGGAAAAUACCCCCAACCAAGAGUUUCACCAUCAUAAACAUCAUCGACAAAUCCAAUCACUUCAUUUCGGAAGGCCACAAAGUAGCUGCAGCACAAAAAAUGAUUGUAGCUCUGAUAACCUAUCUCUAUCCCCUGUACCAGUUUUUAAGAGUGAGGAAGAGAUACCAGAUAAUAAUCUAAGUACAUUUGUGCCGAUUGUGCCUUCUUCCAUUGCUACAACUGAGACUUCUACAUAUGGAAUCAGUCAAUUGAUGUCUAAAUCAUUGGAAAUAAACGAGGUGGGGGGCUUUUCAACAACUAAUCCACAUAUACAAGCAGAAAAUGCCACACAUGUGAAACGCAAGAUUACAUUAUCCAAUGAUAACGAAGAAGGCAAAAGCAAUGAUGGCAUAUCUCUGGGAGAGGAGGUGUUCAAGAAGGAAAACCAUGAUGAUUCAUCACCACAUAUUACCAUUCAAAUACUCAGCUGUCUCUCUAUAAAGAUUUCACCAGGUGAUGGCUUGCCCGCCAUUAUUUGUAACAACUGCAGAACACAAUUGAAUGCAUUUUGGAACUUUCGAUUGAUGGCUCAAAAAGCAGAUUUUACAUUAAAGGAAUUAACGAAGUUUUCGAAACAUAAUUCUGCCGAAGCCGAUACUAGUUUUUCCGGUCACUCAAAAUCGCCUCCUUGCGGCAAGUCUUCUUCAGAGCGUAUGGCAGCAAGGGCUUUAACCGAAUUAAGUAAAUCCUCAAAAAAUUUUUUUGCUAAUUAUAAUCCUAUAAUUGCUACUGCCGAUAAUUAUGCUGAAGCUGGCACACACACUCCUGCAGUAACCACUAAAGCGUUGCAUAAAUCGAAUAUAAAUGAAAAUGAAGAUAUUUUUAAUGUUGCAUCUUGUUCUUCAAAAACUCCGCCCAUAUUGAGAAAAAAAUUACGUGCGUUAUCACCACCAUUAGCGCCGCCCCUGCCGCCUCCACCACCGCCGUUACAACAAGCCGCCAGAUCAGCAGGUGAAACGAAAACAAGUGUACCGGGGAGUCAGGCAACAACGGAUGAAAUGUUAUUAGAAAAUCGUGCGACCACAGAGUAUUAUACGAAUAAUAAUACACCGUUAAGUUAUGAUGGUCUUAUUUCGCCAAAUACAAUUGCAAAUAGUUUAAUAAAUUUGAAAAAUGAAAAUCUACCGAAUAUUGAGAAUAUUCGUAAUCUACAACAAAAACUCGAAACGGCGGCAGUGCUUAUGGAUAUUAGUAAAAAAGUGAUCAUAUCACCACCAUGCUCGAAUCGUCAGUCUCCAAAUCUACCUUCAAUGCAAACAACAGAUGAAAGUAUUAAAAAUUCUGUGAUAAAAAAUGAACGUCCAUCAAAUGAAAAGACAACAACAACUACAGCAUCAACUGUGACAGCAACGGUUACAGCAACACAACAAGAUGGAAAGGAAAUAGACUUAUCAAUUAAAAAAGCGAAACAUGAAUUCUCAAAUACACAACCAACAACUACAACAACAACUGUAUCUCAAUUAUUACAUUACACUCGUCCUACAAUACUCGAAUUACAACAGCAACAUCAACAAAAACAACAGCAUCAGCCACCACCACCACCACAACAACAACAACAACAACAAAAACACAUACAACCUGUAAAUUUAGAAUUAGAAACAACAAGUAUUAUUAAAGGAGGAAUUGAAAUUAGAAGUAGACCUUGUAGUAGUACCCAAUUAUCAAUACCUAUUAAAAAGGAAAAUACAACUCCAUACACAGACUCCGAUGAGAGUUCCGAUUCGAAUCGUUUGGAAAUGGAUAUGGGUUCCAUGUUGAAUGAACGCAAAACGCCGGAUAGUAUAACGUCGGAGGAGCAAGCAACAGAUGUUGCGACUACACAAUUGUGGCAGGCGCUUGCCCGAUCAGCUGCAAACAACGAAAACAAUCAGCUGCUCCGACAUAUGAUACAUCAAUCGCUUGUAUUCCCUGCGCCGCCUGCUGCUUUAUCGGCUGAGAAUGUACCUGAGGAACCGAUGGCAUUACUAAAGAAUGAUAAUAUAAAUAAAUUAUGCCGACGAAAACAAACAUGCCCGACGAAAAAUGAUACAAUUGAACAACUGCCUAAUGUUAUGGCUGUUAAUGCCCAAAAUCUCGAGAUUAAUGCCAGUACACAUAAUCAAGUCGCAGUAGCGGCCGCAGCUGCAGCAGCUGCUGCUGCCUCCAUGCAGGAUAAGAAGAACAACAAGAAUGCUAAUGCUAGCCCAGCCGGUAUUAUAAGCAAUCCAAAGGAUAUGUCCUGCUCCAAUUGUGGCACACUCACCACGACUAUUUGGAGACGUAGCAUUCGUGGUGAAAUGGUGUGUAAUGCGUGUGGGCUCUACUUUAAAUUGCACGGUGUAAAUAGGCCGCAUUCAAUGCGACGUGAUACGAUACACACACGACGGAGACGUCCGAAGGAGUGUGAAAAGUUGAAGAAGAAAAAUAAACGCGCAGGUUCGCCUUCCGAAGUCUUAUGCAAAAUGCCCAUUUGCGGUACGAGUGGCCCAGGCGUUGAACUCAAACAAAAUGUGUUCUUAACAGUUGAAAGUCCAGAGCCAUCUGGUUUUUCCUUUGCGAAGUACAAGCGACACAUAGAUGAGGAGCGGGCGAAUAUCAUAAAAGAUGGUUUGCUAAAGAAAAAGAAACUGCAACAAGGUACGAUUAAAGGGGAAUUCAAUCAGAUGGAUGAUUUUUUAGUACCUCUUAAUCUUGUCUCCAGUGAAAAUAAUACUAAGUUAACAUAAAACGCCAAAUCAGAGAAAUCAAAUCAAAAUAACGAAAUAAAAAUUACAAAAAAAGUAAAAAAGAAGUUACAAAAAAUUAUUAAAAUAAAAACAAAAACAAAAAAAUUCAAUGCGAAUGUUUAGCAAGUAGACUAUGAGUGCCGCGCAAGCAGAAAAAUAUUAAAAAAAAACCACAAACAAAUUAUUUAAUAAAAUUAAAGAAAUAUAUGAGAAGAAAACGUAGAAGCAGCAGCAAAAGGAGGGUAAUUACAGCGCAAAAGUAAGAAUAGAAAGAAACGAAUACCAAAACAGAAAUGAAACAAUGUUUAUAUAGAGUGGUAGGUAAAGCGAUGUUUUAACAUUAAUUAAUUAAUUAAUUUAACCAAGGGCAUAUAUACUUAAUACAUACAAUUUUAUAAGUUAAUAAUUUAUUGUAUAAUUAAAAGUUAAAAACAAACAAAAAAACGAAGCUUCAGUAUUUUUUGAACCACAAUGACAAUGUUUAUUACUACCCAAUUACAUAAAUAAUAGAAAUGCUUGUUUUAAAUAUACAAAAAACAACAACAACAAAAAUAUAUAUACAUAUAUAUAAAAAUAAGAAGAAUUGUACAUAUUAAACAAAGCGAAAGAAUUGAAUCUGAACAAAGCAAAACCAAGCAAAGAAGAAAGCAAAGCAAAGCAUAAACAAAAACAAAAGUAAAAGCAAAAAAAAAAUAGUUAAUACACACACUCACUUUAAAAUCUCUUGCCUAUAUGCGAAUCAUGUGAUAAUUACUUACAUUUAAUCUAUAAUAUCGAACUUAUUAAUCUUAUUAAAAACAAAAACAAAGCAAUAUAAAUUUCACA